AUGGUGUCAACACCAACCACCCUCAAAAAGCCGAUCGGCAUUCGGCCGGAAUAUAUUGCGUCCCGUCUCACUACCAUCAGGAUCAAGCAAUACAGUAAGAGCUGUUCCGGGGGCGACUUCACCAUCUCGACCUCUGGUUUCCCAAUUAAACUAUUCUCCGUCGACGGUGACUUUGGAUUAUUGAGUCAGCGACGGUAUUUUCUUGAUUUAUCUGGCCUGCCCCUUUUUGAACUCCAUCGUAAAAAGUCUGGCGUGACAUGGUUUGUCCACCUACCUGGUGAAAACCACGAUGCUGAGCCUACUGCCACCAUCGCGACAAAAUGGAGUGUUUUCAAGGACAAGUUCGACGUCCACAUUAAGAACGCCGCUGCAGCCAGCGAGGACACUGUCUUGGAAGUCCGCGGACAGGAUAUAUGGAAAGUAAACACGCAUGUCUAUAACAACGGGGUACUGGUGAUGAUAGCAGAGCUUAAGGACAUGCUCUCGGUAUAUCUACCGGGAAAACGCCCCGAAUGGGAGCUGACAGUUGCAGAAGGCUUCGACCUGUCGUUGGCCUCGAUUAUUGGCGUGCUCCUGGCCACCUUGCUUAAGUACAGCAGCAUGCCAUCGUCGUAUUCUUCUAAGACUCACAACAGAUGAAGCUAUACCCUACAGACUGAGAAAGGCAAGACCCAGUGAUCGCCAGUGACGUAUAUAGUUUAUUGGGGUUAUGAUAGGUUCUUCGUCAUCG